GAGAAGUCACGUGACAUAACACAAAUCCGACUGUCAUAUGAUUGUAGUUUCAUUUUCAUCAUGGCUGCGCUCUGCAUCAGUGUCCUGUUCCAGCUGCUCUUCUGUCUUGUACUUUCUUUACCGACGGGACGAAACUCCAUCUGCGGUUAUAAUUCAUGUCCAGCCACAAAUCCGUCCAUGCUGAAUGUCCAUCUGGUUCCUCACACACAUGAUGAUGUUGGCUGGCUCAAGACUGUGGAUCAGUACUACUAUGGAGACCGAAACAACAUCCAGCACGCAGGAGUUCAGUAUAUUUUGGACUCUGUAAUAGACCAGCUUCAGAAGGAUCCAGCGCGACGGUUCAUCUACGUAGAGACAGCCUUCUUUUACCGCUGGUGGAGACAACAGAGCCAGAACACACAGCGAAUCGUAACACAGCUGGUCAAUGAAGGUCGUCUUGAGUUUAUAAAUGGUGGCUGGUGCAUGAGUGACGAGGCCACCACGCACUACAGCGCAGUCAUAGAUCAGAUGACUCUGGGGCUGCGAUUCCUGAAUGACACCUUCGGAGAAUGCGGCCGUCCCCGGGUGGCCUGGCACAUCGACCCGUUUGGACACGCCCGAGAACACGCCUCCAUCUUCGCUCAGAUGGGCUAUGACGGUUUCUUCUUUGGCCGUUUGGACUAUCAGGACAAAGCUCGCAGGAUGAAGACCAAAGAGAUGGAAAUGCUCUGGAGAGCCAGUGAAAGCCUGGCACCGCCUCUCGCUGAUCUCUUCACAGGUGUUCUUCCGAAUGGCUAUAACCCACCUGAGGGCUUCUGCUGGGACCAGUCGUGUGAUGAUCCUCCAAUAAGAGAUGACCCAGACCUUGAGGACUACAAUGUGGAUGAGAUAGUACAGUUUUUGAACGUUUCCUAUAAGCAGGCUGCCUUUUAUAAGACGAACCACAUCAUUAUGACCAUGGGUUCAGACUUCCAGUAUGAGAACGCCAAUCUCUGGUACAAGAACAUGGAUAAGUUGAUCAAGUAUGUAAAUGCCCUGCAAGUUAAAGGGAGCAAGGUGAAUGUGCUUUACUCAACACCGUCCUGCUACCUUCAGGAACUCAACCUUGCCAACCUCACCUGGCCUCUGAAGACAGAUGAUUUUUUCCCCUAUGCCGAUGACGCUCAUGAUUUCUGGACAGGUUAUUUUACCAGCCGGCCAGCGUUGAAGUUAUACGAGAGACUGAGCAACAGCCGACUACAGACAUGCAACCAGUUGGAGGUGCUCGGUGGGCCCAAGUCCACAUCAGGACCCUUUGGUGAAGGGGACAGUGAUACUAUGAAGAGGGCGAUGGGUGUAGCUCAACAUCACGAUGCUGUGUCUGGGACAGAAAAACAGCACGUGGCGUAUGAUUAUGCCAGGAGACUGGCUACAGGCUGGGCACAUUGUGAGGUGCUGGUUCGUAAUUCUCUGGCGGUUCUCAGUGGCUCUGAAGCUCCACGUGUGUUCUGUGAGAAUCUCAACAUCAGUGUGUGUCCCCUCACAGAAAGCAGCCAGAUGUUCUCUAUGAAUGUGUACAAUCCUCUGGGCAGGACUAUAAGCUGGCCUGUUCGUUUGCCUGUCAAUGGUUCAUUGUACAAAGUUACCGAUAAAAACGGCAAAGAAGUGGACAGUCAGGUGGUUCCACUUUCAAAGUCCACACAGCAAGUGAGGCGGAACAGGGGUUAUGCCAAAGCUGAGCUGGUUUUUCAGGUUGAAGCUCCUCCUCUUGGCUACACUACGUACAUCAUCUCCAAGCUUAAGGAAGAGCCUCCUGCAUCCAGCACCAAACCCACAGCCACUCGCGUCAUUCAGAACAAGUUCUUGAAGGUGACCUUUGACGACACCACAGGUCUGUUGAGCAGCCUGACAAACCUGGAAACAAAUCAAACCAUUCGACUCACUCAGAACUUCUACUGGUAUAAUGCAAGCGCUGGGAAUAAUAAGGAAAGCCGGCAGCCAUCGGGGGCUUACAUUUUCAGACCUAAUUCCUCAGACCCCUUCGUCGUUAACAAAACUGCUGAAAUACAGAUAGUUACAGUUUCCAACACAGUUCAAGAAGUGACGCAAUGGUUUAGCCCCUGGGUUUCCCAGGUUGUCCGUUUGUAUGAGGGCCACAGGGAACUGGAGCUUGAGUGGACCGUGGGACCUGUACCUAUUGCAGAUGGUUUAGGGAAAGAAGUGAUCACCCGUUUGGACACAGACAUUGAGUCCUCUGAGUAUUUCUACACUGAUUCUAAUGGCAGAGAGGUUCUGGAACGACGGAAAGAUUAUCGGCCCACUUGGGAUUUGAAGCAGACGGAGCCAAUCGCUGGAAACUACUAUCCAGUCAAUUCUCGUGCUUACAUCAAGGAUGACAAGCAUCAGCUGACAGUAGUGACCGAUCGCUCUCAAGGGGCCAGCAGCAUCUAUAACGGCUCGCUGGAAAUCAUGCUGCACAGGAGACUGCUGUAUGAUGAUUUCAGAGGAGUGGGAGAGCCUCUCUCUGAGCCGGGAGUGUUUUUUGAUGGUUUAGUUGCCCGAGGGCAUAUGCUGCUGACCCUCACGCCACCAAACAUGGCCGCAGAUAUCCACAGACCCCUCGCACAGGGUAUGGUGCUCCAACCCCUGCUCUCCUUCCAGGACGGCACACCUCUCUCCAACACAAAACUGGAGUUCUCUGGGCUUCAGGCUGCUCUGCCCCCUGCUGUUCACCUGUUGACAAUGUCUCAGUGGGAUAAAGACUCUGUUCUGAUUAGGCUGGAACAUCAGUACCAGGCCAAAGAGAGCAAAACACACUCGCAGCCUGUUACAGUCAACUUACAGAAGCUGUUUUCUACUCUGGAGGUGCUCGGAGCAUCUGAGAUGAGCCUUGGGGCAAAUCAGUGGAAAGAGGACAUGAACCGGCUACAGUGGAACACAGCAAAGGCAUCAAAGCCACUCAGUGCCAAAGACCCCUCACCAUGGGAAGUCACACUAAACCCAAUGGAGAUCCGCACCUUCUUGUUGCGGGUACGACAGCUUUAGAACCGACCACCCUCAGGUCACUCCACGAGCCAAUCAGAGUGUAGCAUUGGAGUAUCCAAACCUGGCACUGAUUCCUGAAGAGCUGAACUAAGCUGCAUCGUCCAAUUAAUACUGGUUCCAGUUGUUUUAAUUUUGUAAAAUUUGAAUAUGGAUGUUCUUCACACUUGACUGUGCCAUAUGUUCAUAAAGAUGUAUAUGAUUCAGUCUUUGUUUCUACUGAAUUUCUCACAAGCUCUAGUUUGGUUAGCUACUGGCCAAAUGGGCAUCUUGUAUUUCUUGUAUUCACACUGUGCCUUUCAGAUGAAAAGACUUUUUUUUUUAAAGCAUGAAACAUGGAAUAAGUUUAAUGAUCAGUAAUAAAUUGUUUUUAAAUGAUA